UGCAAAAACAAACAACGGUGGUGAGCGCAUUCCACAAAGCCACAUCAUCUCGUGAUGCGCGAAACGUUUCGCAAUUUGAACUCGUGGAAGCUUUCGCAUCUGCAAACAUUCCGCUGUACAAGCUUGAUCAUCCGAAGCUCCGAGACUGUCAAAAACCUUGGAGUGCUUCCACAGUCCACGACCCUCCGAUCCCAAGUACUGCCUAAGGUUUUCGAUGUCGCACAGCAGGAACUGCGAGAACGUGUUGCAGCAGCUUCUUCGAUCGUGAUUGCCGCUGAUGAAGCCUCGGACCAGCAGGAUAGGUUUAUCUUGCACAUUGUUUUUAUCCUGCCCGUCACUUCCGGACAACAAGACAAGAUGGAGGCAGUCACUGCGGAUCUGGUUUUUCUGGAUAAGGUGAACGCUACAACCGUUUCGAGAGCUAUCAUUCAGACGUUGACCAAGUUUGACGUCGAUUUUGACAAGGUUGUCGUCGUGCUGACGGACAACGCAACUUACAUGACCAAGGCCGUGACCAGCUUGAAAGUGCUCCUGCCAAAUUGCAUUCACCUCACAUGCAACGCUCACAUUCUGAGUCUGGUGGGUGAAACAUUUCGUCGGAACUUCCCUGCUGUGGAUAGAAUGAUUGCUUGCUUUAAGUCUAUCUUUGUGCACUGCUCUUCGCGCAAGCUUCGAUACAGGGAAUUCAUUGGCCGAGAGUGCGGCUCUGAAGUGCCCUUGCCUCCAGUGCCAGUCGUGACUCGUUGGAACAGCUGGUUCAGAGCUGUCGCGCACCAUGCGAAAUACGUCGAGCAUUAUAAGAAGUUCAUUGAAGCCGAGCUACUUGUUUCCGCCCCAACCAGUGCUCUUCUAGAACUGAACGAUCUGUUUAAAACGGAUUCGGUUCGGGUCGAUGUCGUCUUUAUCAUGAUGAACUCGGCCAAAUUGAUGGACCUGCUGACCUGGUUCGAGAACCGUCAAGUAACAAUCCAUUUGGCUUACAACAAGGUGGUUGACCUGAUGGCCGAGUUCGGUUCCAAGGGAGAGAAGGAGAAAAACAAGAUCUACAAGAAGGCGUUUCAAGAUGCAGCUGCCAAGCUGAACCAAUACUACACCGAAACAUCAGCUAGAUUCACGCAGCCAGGCCUCAGCUUCAUGAAAGCUGUCAGAGGAUUCGAUCCGGCUCAAGCAAAAAUCCUUUCUUUGGACGGGCUGAGCGACGGUAUUCCGGAAUGCGCUGAAAAGUUGCCGGAAAUUGAAGGAGAGCUAGCAGCGUACAAACAGUGCGCUCUCGAGAUCGAAGAUGGAGUCAAACCAGCUGCCUUCUGGUUCAGCCAGAAAGACCGUUUGCCUAAUCUGUCCCGAAUUGCUAUCCGGUAUUUAUCUGUCCCAGGAAAUUCGGUAGAUGCGGAGCGAAGCGUCAGUGCAUUCAACACGGUAGACACGGUAAACCGGCAGAGCUUUGAAGAAAACAAUUUGGCAUCACACGCUAUUCUUGUUACAAACUCGAAGAUCUAAGCGUAAGCAGCCAGAAAA